AUGGCGUCCCUGUUCUCCGGCCGCGUCCUGGUCCGCAACAACAGCGAGCAGGACCUGCCCCCCGGCGACACUGAGGCUCAGGAUGGCCUUCAGUUUCGCCGCUCAGAACCUCAGUGCCGCCUCUGUGACUUCGUGUGUGACAACCGCUCUGCAUGCUCCGGCGGUAAUGGGAAAAGCUCAAAAGGCAGCGUUGCAGUGGUGUUUGGUGGCACACCUGUCAUUGUCAGGCUCUGGCGGGAGGCUCACACGUUUGGGCCCAGCCUGGGGGAACUGGAGGGCGCGGGCCUCGUGGAACGAGUGCGUGGAUCGAUCCACAAAGCGCAGGCAAACGGACAGAGGGGCGAGGGCUGCGUAGCUGGCGCCGGGUGGUCUGACUGGUUUUUGCACCACUGCCACCGCCUCCGCCAUGUGGCCCUGGGGCUGUUCUGCUGCGGGGUCUCUGUCUACUUAGCAGCACUGUCCAUCUAUGCCCUGCUGCUUUUCGAGACCGACGCAGGUGCGGCCGCUGCCUCCAUCCUGGGCUCCGGUGCGCUGGUGCUGGUGGCCGUACUGACCCACACCCUGCUCCAGGCUGCCCGGGCUGCCCGCCGUGGCCUCCACAACCCAGCCCCGCCCAGCUUUGAGGAUGAGUCCAGCCGCCCUGCUGGCGUCUCCAAGGCGGGCCCCAGCACACAGCCCCAGCAGGGUACCCACCCACGGGCCCCCUAUUCAUCCUGCCCAGAGCCUGGGGACCCCCUGGGGCCCACAGCCACAGCCACCACCCCUGCCACCCUUGGGGGCUGCCGGGACAGCAGCCUAUCCGCACCCCACAUGUCCUGCACACUGUCGGCUGAUGUGGGCCACUGGCACGGGGUUGCACAUGAGAUGAACAGCAUGCUGGGGCAUGGGCCGGGGGACACAGGAAAGGACUCCACACUGGUGUGAGCCUGGGGACCGGUGAGAAGCAGCUGCCUAGAGACUGGUCCAGAUCCCCUGCAGUAGCAGUAGAACCUGAUACAGCCCAAAACUCACAGCAUCCCUGGGGUUUAUAACAUUGCCUCAUGGUGCAAAAUGGCUGCCAGGGCUCCAGCCUUUCCCUUCUCAUUAGACCUCAGUGCAAGGGAGGCUGGGAAAUAUAGCCAUCCAGAAUGAGUAAGGUUCUGUAAUAGGAAAAAGGGAGGAUAGGGAUUAGGUAGUGAUUUAAGUUUCUCCCUCCAUCUUACAGAUGAGGAAACCAAGGCCCCAAGAGAGGCAGUGACUCACCAGAGCACUCACCUCUGAGUAUCACCCGGGUCCUGUGAGCCCCGCGACGCUGAUGGCCGGUACAAAGCUCAGACUGUGACCCCAAGGCCUCGGGCGCUGAAGCUCACAUGUGUGGGCCUCAGGCCAGGGGAGGUGAGAAGGCAGGGCCCAGGCUCCUGGCUGGCAGCCCAUGUGCCUCAGUUUCCUUGCUUGUAAAAUGGAGCCCAGGCUGCUGGGUGGGGCUGCAGCAUGCCCUGGCCCCACCCCACCUCGCAAACCUACAAAUAAACC